AUGACCAAAGCUGAAGUCGCCGGUACGGCGCAUCAACACGGCGUCAUGGGCAGUCAUCCGAUGCCCCUUACCGCUGCUGCUCUCAAUCCGGCUAACAAGAGCAAUAGGGGCAACUCGAGAAGAAGCAGUGAGAUUCAUGAGAACGAUAACGAGUAUCGACAGCCCGUCCAUACGUCAAGAACGGCAGAUGUUGCCAUUGGACCGAAAUCGAACGUCAGACGCAAUCUGCAUCGGCCUGGGCUGAAGAUUCGACGUUUUGGCCGGUCCGAUUUCGAACGGUUCAAUGAAGAGGAAGCUGUUGGCGAUCAUACAUUGCUACGUCGGAGCAGCAUUGGCAAAGUCGAGAUCGAGUGCAAUUAUCGUUGGAAACAGGCCCGAUGGGGAGUGCUGGGACCGGACAAGAACCCAGCGGGCAUUGUGUUCAUCGACAUCUCUUUUGGGCAGCCACCGGAACACAACCUCAGCAACGCCACCAUCCUCAUCACACUAAGCGAAGACGAACCUGCCCCCCAUAGCAGGUUCGGUCGAAGAAAGCCUGUCCGGACAUCAUUGGAUUCGGAAAACGCCGUGCAAGUUACGGAGUACUUUGGGCCUCACGCCAUUUACGGCCCUCGGGGCGUAAGCCUCGAAACCAAUGAGAGGUCAUUUCAACCCAACAUAGGAGCUGGAGGUAUUGUGGAAAUGGGCGGGGUUGGCACUCGCCGAAACAUCACUCGUCAAUACGUGGAUAGCUGGACUUUCAAAGGGACACAAAAAAGAGCCAAGGACGGCAUAGGUUUAAGGUGUCUCGAAUGGGAGCUUACAGAGAACGACACCGAGAGGAAGCCACUACACAAUCACGUAUUUUAUACAGCUUUCGCAUUCGAACACAGCGGGAGACCAGUCAACAUGCGCGUCGAGAUCGGGGGACGCCUUAAGAGCAAGACCGAACGGGGGAAGGAACGAUUCUUCAGAUUUUGCUCGAGAUCCGGCGACAAAGAAAACGUUAUAGUCACGCAAAUCGAUCUCUCCACGGCACGAAACGAUUUCAGGGAGAAGCUUGAUCAACUGGCAUUUGGUCUUAACAUGGAUAUGCAGAGAAUAAAUCUUGAGGCGAUCCCCGUAGAGAUGCCGGGACCUACUCAGGCGACUUUUCAGCAAGUAGCUUCGGACGCAAUACCCGAUGCAGACGAGACCAUCUUGAACGGCUUGGAGGAAGCCUCGGAUGAAGGCAUCAACGAGCUGAAGGAGUUUCUAUUGCAGGAAACUAAACGGCCGCCGGCUUUCAAGAUUUCUCAGCCGGAAUUUAGCGGCAACUCGUCCAGCGGCGAUGAGACUCUGGUCAACGAUAGUAAUGAUACUAUCUCGACCAAAUCAGCUGACUCUAAUCAAAUAGCUUGGCGAAUACCCGAGGUUAUGGUUCUAGCUCUGAUCAGAUGGUUGAUACUGAUGUUGAAAGCAAUUGGGACAACUGACCCCGACCUUACUGGCAUACCCAUCUCCGCACCUACGGGUGACAAGGCGGUUGCGGUUCGGGAUAUCGCGAUCGACCGUGUGAAACCAGGGAUACCUAGCAGAAGCGGCCAGCAUGUAGAAUCAGUCCCAAACGGGACAUUACUGGACACCGCAGCGACUCGAGGCGUUUCUGCGGAACUUCUAGUUCCUGAAACGUAUGACGGUCGCUUCGAGAGCCAUCGAAGGCGACUAAGUCAUCUUCGAGUUUCGGGUCAGAAUGCCGCCGGUAUGGACCUUCGAAGGCAUGACAGUAGAGGGUGGCCAUAA